CUUAGUUAUUCUAACUUAUAUUGCUUCGUAGUUACUGCUUGCAUUUUAAAAACAAAUAAAAGGUGUGCCCUAGUGCAAUAAGUUAUUUUUUGAGGAUUGAAAGAGACCACCCUGGGGGCUACAUUCUCAAGGACUGACUCUAAGAUGGCACGCUGGAUCACUCUGUUUGUGGCAUUUGGGGUCAUAAACCUCUCUCUGUCUUUUAGAGAACUGGAAUAUUCCAGUCUACAAAGCUGCAAAGACCUCAAGGAACAAUUUAAUGUUGUACAAGAUGGUCUUUAUUACCUAAGCACACCCAAAGGGGUUGUGUACCAGACAUACUGCGACAUGACAACUGCAGGAGGAGGUUGGACUCUGGUGGCCAGCGUUCAUGAGAACAACCUUUACGGGAAAUGCACCAUUGGUGAUCGCUGGUCAAGUCAGCAGGGUGGAAGUCGGAACCAACCUGAUGGAGAUGGAUCAUGGAGUAACACUGUUACAUUUGGCACCGCAGAAGCUUCAACCAGCGAUGACUUCAAGAAUCCUGGGUAUUAUGCCAUCACAGCGAAGGAUGUGGCAGUGUGGCAUGUUCCUAAUGAUGAGCAAGUGGAUCAGUGGAAACAAGCUGCAUUUCUUCGCUACCACACCAAGACCGGUUUCCUCGACUACUAUGGAGGAAACCUCUACAAUCUGUUUAAGAGAUUCCCAGUGAAGUACAACAUAGGAAGUUGCCCAAAAGACCACGGCCCCUCUGUUCCUGUAGUGUAUGACACAGGGAAUGCUAAUUUCAACCAUUACCUGUAUGGACCCAGCGUUAGAAAGAUCACUGAACCCGGAUACAUCACAUUCCGAGCGAUAAACACGGAGAGGGCGGCGACGGCAAUCUGCUCAGGAGUCAAACCCAAAGGCUGUGGCGUGGAACAUUGCUGUAUAGGAGGAGGUGGGCAUUUUCCAGAAGACUCUCCAAGGCAGUGUGGUGACUUUACUUCUUUUGACUACAAUGGUUAUGGCACACACAUUCACAACAGCGCCAGUAAACAGUUGACAGAGGCGGCGGUGUUCAUCUUCUACCGCUGAGAGGAAACAUUUCAGAUCAAACAGCACACCAUUCAUACACCAGUACAGCCUUCCUUGCUGCAGGAUGGCAGUAUGGUGUGUAUGUGUAUGAUGGAGUAAAAUAUUCGGAUUUUAAGCAGAUUAAAAAAUAAAAUUUUAACCAAUCCAGAGGUGAUACUGUAUGAGAAACAUAGCAGCAUUUAUAGAUCAUCUACAUUUCUGCUUAUGGUGCUGAGGGUGAGACAUGUGUGCGCUUCUUUGCGUCUUCUCUGUUCUGAUUUAAUUAAAUA